CGGCCGCGUCAGUAGCCCGGCUCGCGUGCGCGGGACGGUCGUGUGUUGCCAUGCCAGCCCCCCGCGCCCCGCAGCCCCGCGAUCGAGUGUAGUGUCGCUAGUGACCCAGUGGUGGUGGCUUAUGUGGAGGAGCGGGAGCACACGAGCGCUCUGAACGCGUAAGUGUCGCGUAAACAAACCCGCAACUUCGCUAGAGAUGUUCCAAAGUUUGCGAAACUUCACCUUUCAAACUUUAACUAUUACCCCCUGAACCCUCAAACUCGCGCGAUUUCAAUUUUGCGCAGUGACAGAAACUUAGCUGACGGAUGUGGCCGAAUUGACUGCGUGAAUACGAAGGAUGUGAAGUGAUAAUGAGGUAGUUUCCCCGGCGGCGUAUCUGCGAUCAGCGGAUCAAAGGCGCGAUACCAUCGCAGUUCGGCGCUAGAAGACGCAACAUGUGCGCGCGCGCGUGGCGUCUGCACGCGUUCACCGCCGCGCUCGUGUUCGCCGCGCAUCUCAUUAAAGUCCUGUCGUGCGGCGAGGCGGGCGGCGGCGCGGGCGGCGGCGCGGGCGCGGGCGCGGGCGCGGGCCGCGCGCGCCGCUACGUGGGGCUCUACACCGGGCCCUACUUCGACCCCGCCGCGCCCAACAACAUCACCGCGCAACUGGGCACACACGCCUACCUGCCCUGCAAGGUGCGGCAGCUGAGCAACAAGUCGGUGUCCUGGAUCCGGCGCCGCGACGCGCACAUCCUCACCGUGGACCGCUUCACGUUCAUAGCGGACGAGCGCUUCCAGGCGUUCCUGGUCGAGGCCACCGACACCUGGACGCUGCAGGUGAAGUACGUGCAGGCGCGCGACGCCGGCGUGUACGAGUGCCAGGUCGGCACCGAGCCCAAGAUGAGCCACUUCGUGCAGCUCAACGUCGUCGUGCCGAAAAUCGAGAUCGCAGGUGAAGCGGAGGUGUUCGUGCGCGCCGGCAGCACUGUGCGCGUGACGUGCGUCAUCACGCAGGCGCUGGAGGAGCCCGCCUACAUCUUCUGGUACCACAACGGCGCGCGCGUGCUUGACUACGACCGCAGCGCCCGGGACAUACGCAUGGAGCGCCGCGCGCCCGACACCACCGUGAGUACAGUGUGACCACCCGCCUACAUCUUCUGGUACCACAACGGCGCGCGCGUGCUGGACUACGACCGCAGCGCCCGGGACAUACGCAUGGAGCGCCGCGCGCCCGACACCACCGUGGGGGACCUGGUGAUGUACAACACGCGGCGCGAGGACUCCGGCAACUACUCCUGCGCGCCCUCCAACCUGGACUCCGCCUCCGUCGUACUGCACGUGCUGAGCGGAGAACAACCGGCGGCGAUGCAGCACGGCAACGCGGCUGCGCCUCGGGCACCCGCCGCCCGCCUGCUGCUGCUGCUGCCGGGCGCGCUGGCGGCCCCGGC